GGGCGGAAGUGCGCCCGCCCGGAAGCUGGAGGGUGGAGCGAUGGGAAUGACGCGCAGGAGCGCCAAUGGAGUGCCGCGGCGGGCUUGUUGUACAUCGGUGGGUAAGGGCUAACGGUUUCCGGUAGUGGUAGCCCCCCGAGAGGUGGGAGCGAAGAGGCGAGGACGCGUCCCCAAAGCCCGGACCCCGGCAGCGCCUGCGAGAUGAUGGGCUACGAGGCGUCCGAGUUGGAGUCUAUGGAGGGCGAAGAGGCCGUGGAGGCCCCGGGGCCAGCCCCGGAGCCGCGAGCCCCGGAGCCGCGAGCCCCAGAGCCCGAGCCCGAGCCGGGCUUGGACUUGAGCCUGAGCCCGAGCCCGUUGCCCGAGAGUCCGGAGCGGCGGGGCGACAGCCCGGGACGGCGGAAGGGGCGUCGGGGCGGCGGCCGGAGGGGGCGGCAGGUUCGUUUUCACCUGGCGCCGUCCUCCCCGGUGCGGUCCGAGCCGCUGCUCGCGCCCGGUGCACCGAGCGACGACGAUCCCGCGGCGCCGCACGAGCUGGAGGCGCCGGCCCUGCAGAGCAGCCUGGCUUUGAGUCUGGAGCUGCAGCAUGCGCGCGCCGCCGUCGCCAGCGGCCAGUUCGAUGCCUCGAAGGCGGUGGAGGAGCAGCUGAGGAAGUCGUUCCAGACCCGCUGCGUCCUGGAGGAGACGGUGGCGGAGGGGUUGAACGUGCCGCGCUCUAAGCGACUCUACCGAGACCUAGUGAGUCUGCAGGUGCCAGAGGAGCAGGUUCUGAACGCGGCGCUGAGGGAGAAGCUGGCGAUGCUGCCGCCGCAGCCCCGAGCCCCGCCCCCGAAGGAGGUGCUCGGGCAGGGGCCAGACAUGACCAUGCUGUGCAACCCAGACUCUCUCUGUUACGAAUCUCCGCACUUGACAGUGGACGGGCUGCCCCCGUUAAGGCUUCAAGCCCGGCCCCGCCCUUCAGAAGAUACCUUUCUCAUGCAUCGGAUGCUGAGGCGCUGGGAAGCGUAGCCUCCACAACUCCCCGUAUUGCCAGUCUGUACUUUCGUUAAAACUGUUUCCUCACAGAAUAAAGUUUUUUUUUUUCUU